CCGUCUUCCACUCCCUUUCUAUCUACACGGAUAAGCAUAAACCCACUGCACUUCAGCAAACUGCUUCCAAAUCUUAACGAUGUUAUCCGCAUCCUCAUCCUUAAGCUCCUCCUCCCAUUUCUUCGGUCCAAAAGUCUCCGUAAUAGACUGCCAACGUUCGUUCCCAAAAUCCCUCAAGUUCCGUGCCUCUCGUAUCUCCGCCUCUUGCACCGCAACCGCCGAGAGGACCGGGUCCCACGUCACCUCUUCGGCGUCACUUUACGAGGUCCUCGGGAUUCACAUGGGUGCCUCCUGUCAGGAGAUCAAAGCAGCUUACAGAAGAUUAGCGAGAGUGGUACACCCCGACGUUUCAAGUAACGGUCAAAGAGGUGGUCAGACUUCUGCGGGCGAGUUCAUCAAGGUCCAUGAAGCGUAUACGACGCUGUCGGAUCCGGAGAGACGCGCCGAUUACGAUCGCGUGCUUUACGGCCGUCGGCGGCGGACGGCGAGUUAUUCUACGGUAAUGGCAACGCGUGCGGCUACGAUGGAUUCCCAAUUUUCUGGAUAUUCACGACGGAGAUGGGAGACCGAUCAAUGCUGGUAGCCCCAAAAGAAAGCAGGAAGAUUCAUUAGGUUAAAAUUAGAGAUGGAGAUGAUCUUAAUUAGGACUUGAAGAAUGACACUGAGGGUAUUUAAGGGAUAUUGUGGCAGAAUUGAGAGCUCAAGCCUGACACAAUUUUAGCAAGUCGAUGUUACAGUGUAUAAAUGUAACAUGAAUCCUUUGUAAGUGUGAACAGGCGCCUUUUAAUAGCCUGAUUAAUAUAUGAAAUUCUGCAUUUUAC